CGAAACCGGGACGGCGCCGCCUACACCCCGCGGCGUUCGGGGCGGGCUGAAUGGGACGCUGAGUACGGGCUCCAGCCACGCCCUUCGCUCCCCGCCCCCGGCGCGGAGCGGUGGCUACAGCAGUGUCCCCAGGUCACCGAAACCGAGGCGGGGUCUCGGUCCCUCCCCGGAAGGAGGGAGCAGGGCCGUACGUGGCAGGACUCACCGCCCCGCGCCGCGCUGUCCGACCCAUGGCGCCGGCCCUGUGGCGGGCCUGCAACGGGCUCAUGGCCGCCUUCUUCGCGCUGGCGGCCUUCGUGCAGGCAAAUGACCCAGAUGCAGAGCUGUGGGUGGUGGUGUACACAGUCCCUGCAGUACUGACCCUGCUUGUUGGACUUAACCCUCAAGUCACAGGUAAUGUUGUUUGGAAAAGUAUCUCUGCAAUACACAUACUCUUUUGUAUGGUGUGGGCUGUUGGCUUGGCAUCCUACCUCUUGCGUCAUACACAACAGAACAUCUUACAUGAGGAAGAAGGCAGGGAGCUGUCUGGUCUGGUGAUUAUUACAGCAUGGAUUAUCCUGUGCCGCAGUUCCUCAAAGCUGGAGUGCAAUGGCGCGAUCUCAGUUCACUACAAUCUCCACCUCCCGGGUUCAAGCGAUUCUCCUGCCUUAGCCUCCCGAGUAGCUGGGUCUACAGGCACCUGCCACCACGCCCAGAGAUGUAAAGGGGUCAAUAUUCUUGCACUUCCUCUUGGCCGGCAGGACGAGGGUGACAAAAGUCGGCCAGACAAGCCCCGCAGCACCGCCCAGCCCGCGCCAGACCCGCCUCCAGCCGCAGUGAACUACCUACCGUGCGCCGGCCCCUGGGCUGAAAAGCUCCUGACUACCGGCUGUGUAACCGCGCCACCAACGAGCGGGAUGGACAGAGCGGCUCCUUCCGACUUCCGGAGGAAGCGGAACUACCGGAAAUCGCCGGGAGGGUCAAAGGAGACCCAGUCUCCGAGGCUUAUGGCGAUGCUGGUCCUAGGACCCGGACGAGUUAUGCGACCUCUGGGUGGCCAACUUUGGCGCUUCUUGCCUCGCGGACUCGAGCUUUGGGGCCCAGCCGAGGGGACUGCGAGAGUCUUGCUGAGGCAGUUCUGCGCGCGGCAAGCGGAGGCGUGGCGUGCCUCGGGGCGCCCUGGCUACUGCCUGGGAACCCGGCCCCUCAGCACGGCGAGGCCGCCACCCCCGUGGUCGCCGAAGGGCCCCGGAGACUCCACGCGCCCCUCGAAGCCCGGGCCUGUUUCCUGGAAGUCUUUAGCAAUCACAUUUGCUAUUGGAGGAGCUUUGCUGGCUGGAAUGAAGCACGUCAAGAAAGAAAAGGCAGAGACGUUAGAGAAGGAACGGCAGCGACACAUCGGCAAACCUUUACUUGGGGGACCGUUUUCCCUCACAACUCAUACUGGGGAGCGUAAAACUGACAAGGACUACUUGGGUCAGUGGUUAUUGAUUUAUUUUGGCUUCACUCAUUGCCCUGAUGUCUGUCCAGAAGAACUAGAAAAGAUGAUUCAAGUCGUGGAUGAAAUAGAUAGCAUUACAACUCUGCCAGAUCUAACUCCACUUUUCAUCAGCAUUGACCCAGAGAGGGACACAAAAGAAGCCAUUGCAAAUUACGUGAAAGAAUUUUCUCCCAAACUGGUUGGCUUGACUGGCACGAGAGAAGAGGUCGAUCAAGUGGCCAGAGCAUACAGAGUGUAUUACAGCCCUGGCCCCAAGGACGAAGAUGAAGACUACAUAGUGGAUCACACAAUAAUAAUGUACUUGAUUGGACCAGAUGGUGAGUUUCUAGAUUAUUUUGGCCAGAACAAGAGGAAGGGAGAAAUAGCUGCUUCAAUUGCCGCACACAUGAGGCCAUACAGGAAAAAGAGCUAGCCAAAGCAGUGUUGCUGGAUGCAGUAUUCUCUUGCUAAGAGGAAGGAAACUUUGUCUCGCAAAGGAGCCUAUAUAAAUAUAAACAUAUAUACAUGCACUCUACAGAAUGGCCUUCAUACCAUGAGAACAUUUCUGUUUUGGAUGGGGAUGUUACCCUUGCAUUCAACCAAAAUUGAUUCUUGGAACUGUAAAGAUUACAACCCAAAGUCUCCCAGGAAGCUGUGGGGAGACCAGAGGACCAAGUUAAAGUGAAGCCAGUGAAGAGCCCACCUGCGGAAGGACACAGCGGGGCGAGGCACAGCCAGUGCAUUUCUGCCUGCGAACAGGCUCUCCCCGGCAGCUUUGCUGCCUCUCCAUUGUCUUGGACCCUUGCUCAAAUAGCUGUGGGACUGAAUUUCACGGAAAGGAAUAUGAUUUCCAUAGUGCUCUUGCUUGCCUCUUCUUGAGUUCUUUGCUCUUCUGAGUUCAUGGUGGCUAAUAAUAGUCAGAUUAGGGUCUCUGCCCUUCAGAGUUGAUGCUUGAAAACUUGAGUUUUCCUUAUUAAUGAAUGUCACUAUCAGAUUUGACUAAUGAAGAGGAAAUCUAUUGUUUGGGGAAAAAAACAUCAGUUUGAUUUCUCUAGGGGUUCUUUUAUGUGAUUUUUAGCUAAGUGGUGUGCCAAGUUUUCAGUGACAUACCAAAUGGAAAUAAGAGGAUAUUGAUCACGAGUGUGAUGCUGAGUACCUUUCUGCAUAUACUGGAUUGUACUUUGUGUAAAAUAAACAUACUCAGUUUUGCUGUUCCAA